CACUCAUUCAAAACACCUCAGUGCACUCAGGGAAGUAAGUACUGUAACUGACCGUGUCCAAGCAAGAUCCGCAUGUAAAGCUGCAUUAUUUUAAUUAGUCGCUUGAAACGGGAGAGCAGGCCGAGGGGAGAGUCAUGUCUGUGCUCAGAGCUGGAAGCACACUGCUGCUGCUGCUGCUGUUUGGACAAUCACUCAGUGCUCCUCGUUCAUUCAGCAUCGAUUACCAGGAUGACUGCUUUCGGAAAGAUGGGGAAAAGUUUCGUUACAUAUCAGGAAGCAUCCAUUACAGCAGGAUCCCCAGAGUCUACUGGAAAGAUCGACUGCUCAAGAUGUACAUGGCAGGACUGAAUGCCAUCCAGACGUACAUUCCCUGGAACUUCCACGAGGAGUCUCCGGGUCGGUACAGUUUCAGUGGAGACAGGGAUGUGGAACAUUUCCUUCAGCUGGCCAAGGACAUUGGUUUACUGGUCAUCCUUCGGCCGGGACCGUACAUAUGUGCAGAGUGGGACAUGGGUGGGCUGCCUGCCUGGCUUCUCAACAAGCAAGACAUUGUGCUGCGGUCUUCAGAUCCAGAUUACAUUGCAGCAGUAGAUAAGUGGAUGGGGAAGUUGCUGCCUAUGAUAAAGCCUUAUCUGUAUCAGAACAAUGGUCCCAUCAUCUCGGUGCAAGUGGAGAAUGAAUACGGCAGCUACUUCGCUUGUGACUACAACUACCUGCGUCACCUGACCAAGCUAUUCCGGUCUCACCUGGGCGAGCAGGUGGUGCUCUUCACUACAGAUGGGGCUGGGCUGAACUAUCUUAAGUGUGGCUCAAUACAAGAUCUCUACGCCACUGUUGACUUUGGGCCUGGUACAAAUAUCACCGCUGCCUUUGAGGCACAGAGACACGCUGAACCUCAUGGACCUUUGGUGAACUCUGAAUAUUACACCGGCUGGCUGGACCACUGGGGAACACCUCACUCUGUCGUGCCGUCUGCCGCAGUGGCCAAGUCCCUGAAUAAGAUGCUGGCCAUGGGAGCAAACGUCAACCUGUACAUGUUCAUAGGAGGAACAAACUUUGGAUACUGGAAUGGUGCCAAUGAACCAUAUGGCUCACAGCCCACCAGCUACGACUACAAUGCUCCACUCACAGAAGCAGGAGACCUCACAGAGAAGUACUAUGCCAUCCGAGCAGUGAUCAAAAUGCACAGUAAGAUACCAGAGGGACCAAUACCACCAACAACUCCAAAGUAUGCUUACGGGACUGUUGGGAUGAAGAAGCUCCAGACGAUAUCAGAUGCCUUAGAAAAACUGUCUUUCUCCGGCCCAGUCAAAAGCAUGUAUCCUCAGACUUUCAUCCAGCUGAACCAGGCUUUUGCUUAUGUGCUCUACAGGACUACUCUACCUGUGACCUGCAGCACGCCGACUCCACUGUCAUCCCCACUGAACGGAGUCCACGAUAGAGCGUAUGUGUCCGUGGAUGGGGUGUCUGUAGGGAUUCUUGAAAGGAACAAAGCCAUAACUGUAAAUGUGACCGGGAAGGCUGGCAGUCAGGUGGACAUACUGGUGGAGAACAUGGGCCGAAUCAACUAUGGGAAACGGAUCAAUGACUUCAAGGGUUUGGUGUCGAACCUGACUCUGGGGAGAGACACACUCACUGGCUGGACCAUGUAUAGUCUCAGUAUCGAUGAAGCAGUCAGCCAAGGCCUCCUCGGGGAAAAAGAGAGUACACCAACAGAUCCUCCUCAGCCUGCUGCUCUCUCCCUUCCAGCCUUCUAUGGGGGCAGCUUCAUCAUCCCUGAUGGUAUCCCAGACCUUCCUCAGGACACCUACAUCAAACUGCCCAAAUGGAGGAAGGGUCAGGUCUGGAUUAAUGGUUUCAAUCUGGGACGUUACUGGCCAGCUCGAGGCCCUCAGGUGACGCUUUUCGUUCCUGCCAACAUCCUCAGCACAGAAGCACCCAACAACGUGACUGUCCUGGAGCUAGAAGAGGCUCCCUGCAGCUCAGGGCCAUGCACUGUGGAGUUCACCAACACCCCCAUCCUGAAUGCAACAGUCACCUCUCAUCACAAACAGCACUGGGGACUGUUUACUAAAGAGGACUUGUUGUGAUGAUAAGGGAACUCACUGCUGCACAAAAUGAAUUAAUUUGCACUAUUCGCUGAUGUACAGUCCCAAAUUAGCACUUGUUGUGUGAGCUUGAUUCUGAAAAAAGCUGUAUUAUGUGAAAGGUUGAUUAAUAUGGGAUUUGGCAUCAAUGAUUGAAUUUGUCUCUAUGAAAAGUGAAGAAAUGUGUUUUUAAGCAAAUACUAUAUUUUACUGUCCCAUAAACUGUUGGUUUCUCUACCUCACUCAUUCUUCUUCUCUUCAAAAAGGGAUCAUUGCCAAUUAAAGCUCUACCAGUGCACAGCAACCUGUGAAAAAUGCAUCAGGGAAACACAAUGUAUAUUCAUGAAAAAACAUGGAUACAUUGUGGGACUGCUGAUUUGUAGCUUAUAUUCAUUUUAAAAUUACAUUGCAUACAACCUGUAUGAUUUUAGUGCCUGUUAAGUGUGUGCCUUUCAUUACAAAAAAUAAAAAUCGAGAAAUACUUG